CGCCUGGUACCGCCGCUGAUGGAUGUCCCGCCGCUCCCCGCGCCGCCGCCUUCCGCCCCGCGCUGCCCGCCGGGUACCGACACGAGCGACGUCCUGCAACAAAUUAUGGCCAUCACUAACCAGAGCCUGGACGAAGCGCAGGCCAGAAAGCAUGCUCUGAAUUGCCAUCGGAUGAAGCCUGCUCUCUUCAGUGUGCUCUGUGAGAUUAAGGAAAAGACAGUGGUAAGCAUCUGUGGCAUUCAGGAAGAAGAUACCCCGGAUGCUCAGCUCACAAGGCUGGAUAACAUGCUGCUGGCCGAGGGUGUGUCCAGGCCGGAGAAGAGAGGAAGAGGACCGGUGGUGGUGGCCGGCACAGCAACACCAGGUGGCUGUCCAAAUGACAAUAGCAUUGAGCACUCUGACUACAGGGCCAAGCUGUCUCAGAUCCGACAGAUUUACCACUCUGAGCUAGAGAAAUAUGAACAGGCCUGCCAUGAGUUCACCAUGCAUGUCACCAAUCUUCUCCGGGAGCAGAGCAGAAUGAGACCCGUCUCCCCCAAGGAGAUUGAGCACAUGGUUGGCGUCAUUCACAGCAAAUUCAGUGCCAUCCAGAUGCAGCUGAAGCAGAGCACCUGUGAGGCCGUGAUGACGCUACGCUCACGGUUCCUUGAUGCCAGGCGUAAGCGACGGAAUUUCAGCAAGCAGGCAACGGAAGUGCUGAAUGAGUAUUUUUAUUCUCAUUUGAGCAAUCCUUACCCCAGCGAAGAAGCCAAAGAAGAGUUGGCCAGGAAGGGUGGCAUCACAGUCUCUCAGGUCUCUAACUGGUUUGGCAAUAAAAGAAUCCGGUAUAAAAAGAACCUAGGAAAGUUCCAAGAAGAAGCUGCUAUCUACACGGGUAAAUCAGCCACAGACAUCACCGAAGUCAGGGUCCCAGGGAGCCACACCAGUUGCCCAUCAACACCAAGCUCUGGUGAGUGA